AUGGCAUACGGUUCUGCGGCUGAUGCAGUUGACGAGUACCUCUGUCUGGGUGAAAGUACCGCACUUUCAUGUUUGAAACAUUUUACUGAAGCAAUAAUAUCUUUAUUUGGAGAUGAAUAUCUCAGACGACCCACUGCAGUGGAUCUUCAACAACUACUAGAUGUUGGGGAAAGCCGUGGAUUCCCGAGAAUGAUAGGGAGCAUCGAUUGUAUGCAUUGGGUGUGGAAAAAUUGUCCUACAGCUUGGAAAGGGCAAUAUACACGUGGUUCAGGAAAACCGACAAUCGUCUUAGAAGCAGUAGCAUCACAUGAUCUUUGGAUAUGGCAUGCGUUUUUCGAACCUCCAGAUCGUGCUCCAAAGGUUAAAUACUAUGUCAAUGGAAACCAAUACCGUUAUGCAUACUACCUAACCGACGGUAUCUACCCGAAGUGGGCAACUUUUGUACAAUCAAUACCCCUACCGCAAGACCUAAAAACCAGAUGUUUUGCUAAACAUCAAGAAUCCGUCCGCAAAGAUGUCGAACGUGCAUUCGGAGUUUUGCAAGCUCGGUUUGCGAUUGUAAAAAACCCAGCUCUCAUUUGGGAUAAGCAGAAAAUUGGAAAUAUUAUGCGGGCAUGCAUCAUCUUGCAUAAUAUGAUAGUGGAAAAUGAACGAGACCAUUACAAUCUGGUUGAUACAACAGAAUUUGAACAAGGCGAUCUUACCAGAUGUUCCCAAGUUGAUAUGUCAUUCUCUACAGAUUUAGCUUCAAAUAUCGGAAAUAUGAUCGGUAUUCGUAAUGAAAUUCGGGACAGAAAAACACAUGAUCUAUUACAAGCGGAUCUACUUGAGCAUAUGUGGCAUAAAUUUGGACAUCUAGAAGAUUAUUAG